AAAAUUAUAAGCAAAGAAUUGAUCAAUGUUAUAAAGUUUGUUACAAUUCUUUUUUUUUUUAAUAUAAAAAUAAUAUUUUGUGAAUAUAAAAAUAUAAAAAUGAGAUUUUGUUAUAAAGUUUAAUUCUGUUCGUAUUAUAUUUCCAAAAGAUUUUCUUAGAUUUAAAAUGUUUCUUUACGCAUUUUAUUCGUUAAAACGAAAGAUUAUUACGAAAGAAAGAAAAUGAAUGAUCUAAAUGCUUUCAAAGUUCGUCGGACUAGAAAAGUAACGAUCGAACGAGACUAUGUGCUUUGAGGAAGCGUCACGCGAUCGACGUAGGUAACGAGGGCAAAAAACAGAACACGAGUUAAGACAUAAUAAUAAUAAUAAUAAAAAAACACAUAAAAAAUAAAAAAGAAAUAAAUAAUCAGAUAAUAGAUGUAGUUUUGGAAAAAAUCAUUAUUUCUCAAUGUAUCCUCCUGUAUGAUUGUGGUAAAUAAAAAGGAUUUUGUUAUCGGUUAGUUAGUCAUUGAAAUAAUCGCGUGAACGAAAAUACGAUAACAGGGUAAGGGAAAGUAAUUGGAAGGGAAACUGGGUCGUUGAACUUGGUUUAUGAAAUUGGGUAAGUUGUUGAUCGAUCUCACUCGUUGAUAACGAAUAAACUUAAACAGUAGAAAUUGAAAAUUACUAUGGAUUUCUAAGUAAUAAGUGAUUUUUUUCAUUUCUUGAUUGAAACGUUUUUGGUUUAAUUGUAGAUAUUUCAGCUUUUUUCGGUCUUAUUUUUUUUUUUUUUGCAAAUCGUUAAUAAAUACCAACAAGGUCUAUCCGAUUAAAAAUUGUUGCUUUAUAGUAUUAUUUGUUUGAGUUGCUUAAUAAAGUCGAAAAAAUAACGCAACUUUAUGAACGAUCUUUUAGAAAGAUUAAAAUAAAAGAAAAAGAAAAAGAGAAAAAAGAAGAAUCCAUAAAAUUUUUGAUAAAUUCAGGAGAUAUUAAGAUUGGGCUAUUAUGACCUUGUAAUAUGAUAAAUACGAGCAACGAACUCUUUUUCCUUACUUAGCAAAUAUCAUCAUCGUUGUCGUCGUUGUUGUAUCUAUAGUUACCAAGGAAAAACAUAGAAUGAAUGCACGUCGACGAAUCAACGACCAAUAAAGAGCCGGUCCCAUUUUUAUGCGUUCUCCAGUAGGUCCUUGAGCACCACGGACUAGGACCAAUGAGAAUCCUUGUUAGUGGCGCGCUACUUUCUUUCGAAGCUUCUCGAGGAUUUCGAUCGAACUAGUUCAGAGCUUUUACUCCUCAGAAUGUAAAUCGCUUUACUGUGCACCGGUUGCUUCGCACAGGACGCGGGAUUAUGACGCGUCGCUCGUAAAAAAAAAAAAAAAAAAAAAAAAAAAAAAAAAACCACUGAUUAUAUAUUUCCGUCGACUUCCUUUUUACAUUUAUAGUAAUAAGAUUAUUAUUAUAUAGAAUCAGAUAUUAUAAUAAAUUUAUUAUUAUAACAAAAAUAAUAUCAUGGAGUCCUGCGGUAUGAGCUUGAUUAAAUAUAUCCUCUUCGUCUUCAAUUUGAUCUUCGCUAUUUCUGGCAUUGGGAUCAUCGUAGCGGGAGCUCUCGUUCUCGGAGAUGUCGGCGAGUUUAGCCAUUUUAUGGAAGGAAGAAUAAUGGCACCUCCCAUCGUCCUCAUAGUCGCUGGUGUUAUUGUUUUUAUUAUUGCCUUCCUUGGUUGUUAUGGUGCAAUUAAGGAACAUUAUAGCAUGCUGAUCGCUUUCGCAGGUGCGCUCUUGAUCAUUUUUGUGAUCGAACUCGCGGUUGGAAUUGCAGCGGCAGUUUUCAAAAAUGAUUUCAGUAUGGCGAUGAAGGAUACGUUAAAGGAAUCGAUGAAGAAUUAUACUGACGCAGACAAAUUUGCCUGGGAUAAUGUGCAAAGCAAGUUGAUGUGCUGCGGAAUAGAUGGACCAAAUGAUUGGACCAUGAACAAUGCCUUCAUUGCGACUUUGCCACGUUCUUGCUGCAUGAAAAUGGAAACUCCUUGUGGAAUUGGAAGUCUAGAUGUUAAUAAGGAAGGUUGCUUCGAAAAAUUGAAAAUGCGUGUUCAAAAAGGAGCUACUAUAUUGAUCGGUGUAGGAAUCGGAAUUGCUUUUGUAGAGAUCGCUGGUAUAAUACUUGCUUGUUGCCUAGCUAUGGCCAUAAAAAGAGAGACUGCUAAAUGAAACGAGGUCGUUUAAUUUUUCAUACGAAUUUUCUUUUUUACAUUACUUAUGUUCAAUUUAUUCGAUUUACAUCUGAUUACAUCAGCUGGUCUUCAUAAGGAUAACAUAGGAAUAAGAAUUAAGACAGAAUCGCUUCCUCGUAUGAAAAAAUAAUUUAUAAUGAAAAAUAUACUUAAUCGAUUGAUCAAUAUUUGUUAUGGGUAAAAGUAAAAAUGAUAACAAAUAUUUCUUGCAUUUUGUUGUAUUUUUGUAACGUGUUUGUGAAAAUAUAUAGAGUGAUUCUUAAAUGUAUAUCAAUACUUCAGGGUUUAAAUUUAAUAUAAGAUAUAUAGGACAUAUGUUCAUAUAACUUUUUUUUACUUAUGUCAGUACGUAGAUUUAAUUCUUAAAGCAUUGACAUUCAUUUAUGAAUCACCCUUUAUAUACAUGCACUUAUUACAACGAAUACAUUUAGAUUAACUUGUGUGAACAUGUAUGCUAGAUGUUUUAGUAGUUAAUAGAUAAAUGUCAUGUACUGUUAUUGGAAAAAAAUUCACAUCGAUCAAUAAGUCUUUUAAUGUCUUUUUAAUAAAAGCACCUAUUUAAUGU